AUGAGUGACUACUACGACCAUUACAGAAAGGACAAGUACAACAGCAUCUCCAGUAGCAGCAAGCGGAGGCGAAGCAACAGUCGAUAUGAUAACCAUGAAAGGAAGAAGGAGCACCACGAGGAGGGGACCCACAAAAGAGCCAGGCCGCUGGAAGACGACGAUGACGAGGAGGAAGCAAACUAUCGUAGGGAUAUGCAAUCCUAUAGGGAGCGCCUGAGGGAACAGUGGGGUGACCGGAUAAGGCGUGAUCGAGAUCGAGAAAAAUAUAACCAACGAGAGCGGGAUAGGGACCGAUCCCGUGACCGCUCCAGGGACCACCGCAGAGACAGGUCCCCCGAGGAGCGCCCCAAAAAAUCCAAGAGGAAAGAACACCUCCACAACAGCAGUGACGAAGAAGACGAACACAAAGACCGCAGAAAUGGCAGAGGCAGGCACCGAGUAAGCAGCGGAAGGCAUCCAGAAGACGCUGCGAAAAGGAGGAGGUCAAGGAAACGCAGCACCAGUGAGGAGAGAAGUGACGACGGAAGUAGUGACAGAAGGAGGAACGAACGGGAAGACCUCCAUCGUCAGCAAUCCUCGGAAAAGCAUUCGAAGAAGAAGAAAAAAAAAAGCAACUCCUCGUCAGACGAGCGCAGUAACAGCACGGUGAAGGAGGUGCACAAAGACAGACAAAGUGAUAAGAAGAAAAGGGGAAGCAAUGAGGGUGGUGGUGAACGACCCAAGGGGGGAGAUAAAAAUGGAACAGCGGUCGUUACGGCCAUUACCGCUGUCCAAGGGGGGGACGAGCGAAACCACGAAGAAGAGAACAAGCUCUCCAGGCUGGAGCGACUCAAGCGGUUCGCGCAGAGGAUCAUGAACAGGGGCAACGAGGAGGCAAGCCCUAAGGUUGAGACGAAGGUCAACACGAAGGCCACCAAGUUUACCCUUAACAAGUCCACCAGCAGCGCCGGCAGGAAAUUCGACCUGGACGUGUUUGUGGCAGACAGGCCAGACGGAGACGAGGAGGAAAGUGCUGCUGAUGAGGAGGAGAAGAAGGGGAAGAUGAAAAUGCUAGGGAAGAGGAAGAAGGACAGUGAUACACGUCGAGACUUGCUUCCCCAUUCGCCCAGCAGGGGAGACAUCGGAGAAGAACCCACAGAGGAACCACCUCCAGGGGACGAUAAUGAAGACCCCCUCGAAGUGUUCAUGAGAAACUUGGAACAGAACUGCGGUGAAGUAGAGGGCGAAACGGUGGGUCCAAACCAGGCCAUAACGCUGGAGGAGAUCUACAGUUAUGAUGAGAACCGGCACCGGUUCGAGGGGGUAAAGCAGCCAGGGGGGGGAGUCACUGAAGAGGUGCACCAAGCGGAUGACCAGAUGCACCAAGUGGAUGACCAGAUGCACCAAACGGAUGAUCAGAUGCACCAAACGGAUGAUCAGAUGCACCAGACUGAUAAGCAGCCACCCCAAAGCGCCGACCUGGAAGACGACCAGAACGGCGAGGAAUACCACCGGUUGUUCAUGCAAGCGCUGAGGAAGAAAGCCGAGGAGGAGAACGAUGAAAAAGGUAUGUCAGCACCCCAUGAUGCGGAAAGCAAGGCAGAUAGUAGCGCAGACAGCAGCGAAGCGAUCGAAAACCUGAGCGAAGACAGUGAAUACAACGUCGAAACGAAUGCCCUGAAAAAAACGAAUAAGAAGCUGCUUCAAGUGAACCGCGAUGAAGUGGAGUAUCUACCCAUAAAAAAAAACAUCUACGUGCAGGUAAGUGAAAUAACAAACAUGAAGGACAGCGACGUGGACCUCUUCCGGAAGAACAACGGAAAUAUAAUCGUGAGGGGGAAGAACUGUCCAAGACCAGUGCAGUACUUUUACCAAUGCGGAUUGCCAUCUAAAAUUCUACCGAUCCUGGAGAGGAAGAAUUUUAAAAAAAUGUUUGGCAUACAGAUGCAGACGAUCCCUGCGUUAAUGUGUGGGAGGGACGUCAUAGCCAUUGCAGAAACGGGUAGUGGUAAAACCCUGUCCUAUUUGUUUCCACUCAUUAGACACGUUCUUCAUCAACCACCCCUUCGAAAUAAUGACGGUCCAAUAGCCAUCGUACUUACUCCAACUAGAGAACUGAGCAAACAGGUGAAGAGUGAAGCGAGACCCUACUGCCAAGCGGUAAACCUGCGAAUCUUGGCUGUCUAUGGGGGAUCAAACAUUGGUACACAACUAAACACACUGAAGAGAGGAGUGGAAAUAUUAGUUGGUACCCCAGGUCGUAUAAUCGACAUCCUAACGAUAAGCAACUGUAAGGUAACUAAUCUGAAUAGAGUCUCCUUUGUCGUUUUGGACGAAGCGGACCGUCUGUUGGAUCUCGGGUUUGAGUCUCAAAUACACAACAUUCUGAACAACUGCAGGAAGGACAAACAGACGGCCAUGAUAUCGGCCACUUUUCCAACGUAUAUACAAAAUCUAGCGAAGAAGUUGCUCUACAAACCGAUCGAAAUUAUUGUAGGCGAAAAGGGCAAAACGAACAACAACAUUUAUCAGUUUGUGGAGGUUGUACAGGUCAGACAGAAGAUCUAUAGAUUGCUAAAACUCCUUGGAGACUGGACCACCUACGGGUUGAUCCUCAUUUUUGUGAACAAGCAGUUAGAAGCAGAUCUGCUAUAUUUGGAACUUUUUAAGUAUGACUACAAGACGUUGGUUCUGCAUGGAGGACAAGAUCAAGCGGACAGAGAAUUCACUCUACAGACAUUCAAAGAGGGCAAAAACAAGAUACUCAUUGCCACGUCAGUCAUGGCUAGAGGGAUAGACAUAAAGGAUAUCAUUGUGGUGAUAAAUUAUGAAUGCCCAGACCACAUAGAGGAUUACAUUCAUCGUGUUGGAAGAACAGGUCGAUCCAACAAAAUUGGUUAUGCGUAUACUUUUGUCACCCCGGAGGAACAGGCAAAGGCUUACGACAUCUACAGCCUCAUUAAGAACAAUAUAUAUUACAUGAACAAAACGAUUGAUAUGCCUAUAGAGUUGGAGGAACUCGUUAGGGAGUAUACCCAAAGUAGUAACUACGCUGAGGUGAAGAAGAAGGGGUAUAAAGGGAAGGGGUUCAAGUUUACCCCGAAUGAGAAAUCACGCCUCCAGAUGGAUAAGGCCAAUGCGAAGAGGGAACUCGGCUUGGUGCGGGACAAAGACGGGGCGGCGGAUAACCAUCUCGAGGGGGAUGCCCCCGACGGGGAAGUAGAAGGAGCAACGGCAGGCACAGUGGGGGAAAGUCCCAUCCUGGGGGGAAGUGUUCCUCCACCAAAGCAAGCACAACAGCAAUCACAACAGCAACCGCAACAACAACCGCAACAGAGGCAUCCACAACCACCGCCACCACCCCCGCCGGGAGAACCCAGCCCACAAAGCGAAAUAAAACGAAUCGAACUGGAAAUACAGAGAAUAAAAAUGAACGAUACCAUGGAUCUGAAGCUGAAGGCCAAGCAGAUAAAUGAGCUGAUGAAGACCUACAACUUCGUGGCGCUCCAGCAGAACACUGUCAAAAAAAAUGCAGACGCCACGCAGGAAGCUGAUAUAGAAAAAAUGGCCGAACAGGAAGCCACCAAGGCAACCGAACAUAUAAAGAACGAAACGGAAAGACAACAACUCUUUAACAAAGUUAAGCAGGAAGUGAAAAAAAAACUAAUGGAUAGCAAGCUGCAGAGCAACUCCAAAGCGGAAAACAUUCAUAGGAAUAUGCUUCUAAAUUCUAUGAGGACACGAAACAUGAAAAAAUACUCUCCCUUUAUUCCUCACACGUAUGUUAUGGAGGACAACUCCAUCAUGCAGGAAUUCUACAUAAAUGACUAUACGCAGCACGUGCGGCUGAAGAUAUGCAACCGGGAGGUGCUCUCUCGCAUUUCCGACAUGUCUGGUGCAAGGUGCCAGAUAAAGGGACAGUACUCCAACCCCAAUCAGCCGAAUAAGACAACCUUCCUGCUUGAUGCCAAACCGCUACACAUUGAAAUCACCGCGUCGAACUACAACCAGGUGCAAAUUGCGCAUAAUGAGUUCACCUCCAUGAUUAACCAGUUACUCCAAAAUAGCAACAUGAAGGGGCACCGCAAGGGGUGA